GAUUCCCCGUCGACUGCUCGGCUGACGGCCCGCAAGAUCUGCAGAAAUGUCAAAAAUCGAGCUAUUAUGCGUGUUGUCAGCGAUUUCUUUCACAUUGGUGUCAAGCUGUGGUUUCCCGGGAAGUCCAGCGCAUGCGAAACUCCUCACAACUGAUGAUCGAUUCAUGGAAGGCACCGUCGUUACGUUCGAAUGCGACCCUGGUUACCAGCUGCUCGGGCGCUCGAUGCUGCGGUGUGUCAACUCCGAAUGGGACUCCCCGGGACUACCUUUUUGUGUUCGCGAGAUAGCGUUUUCCAAACCGUCCGGGAUGUCCUCUCGGAGCGAAACAGCAGCACUUGCAGCCGACGAUCAAGUUUCUACUUGUGCUGAGACGAGCUUCAGGAGAGAACAUAGCUGGUGGGUCGAUCUCAUCGAAACCAGCUCAAUCCACAUCGUCGAAGUUCACUACGGAUCAGAGAUGAAAAAUCUAACGGUUGACAUAACGGUCAAUGAUCCAAAAUCGAACUCGAGUUCGCGAUGCGUCCGCCGUACCGACCUUGUCACCCACCUCACAUCGGCGCACUAUUUCAUUUGCAAUCAGACGGCAUUUGGCAGGAAUCUCUCGCUCAGCAUAUCGGCCGAAGAAAAAUUCACUCUAAAGCUAUGUGAAGUCAGAGUCUACUCGCAAAGUGUGCUCUCGCCGCAGGACGCUUGUGGAAUCGGGAACAAAGGGAAAAUCGAAAGCCUCAAGGGUCGAUGUUUCGAAGUGACCCCCUCUGAGGCCUCUUUCGUCGAAGCCAAUGACUUUUGUGCAUCGCAAGGAGGCAUGCUGUGGAGCGGCGAUCAGUCAGAAUUCGUCUCAUGGAUGAUGUUGGUUCAUAAUCUGGACAGUGUUUGGUAUGGAGAUAAGGAAGUCAUAGGGAAAAAAUCCUCCGCGCCGACGAACUGCACGGCAUUCACGCGAGACGACCAAUUCGCCGGGGGCAGUCUGCGAGAUACGAAUUGUACCGAGGUCAGGUUCGGAAUAUGUGUGCGACCGCCCCGAACGUGUGGCAGGCCUCGGCUGCCGAGGCACUUGGCAACCUGGAACGACAUCGGCAAGGCUGUAACCGGCAGAGUCGUCAAGGGUUUCACCUGCGAAGAAGGAUUCCAUUUGAGUGGUCCAACAGAUAUCCCAUGCCUCGAUAGCGGGGAGUUCCGGAAUCAAAUGCAGACUACGUGCCGUCAGUCCGUUUGUGGCGAACCCCCCAAAGUUGCCAACGCCUACCCUGUCCUGGUUCCUGAAGCCCGCUAUUACUGUCUUAAUGACAGUUUCGUCUUAUACGGUCCUCCGGAGAUGAACUGUGAUCCUCAGAAAUCCCAGUGGGCGACCCCUCACGUUUUAUGCGUUCGUCUGACGCUAGACACCAAACCUACCAUCAGGAGUCUCCGUGAUCGUCUGCUGCAGGGUGUGAAGCUAUAUCCCACAGCGAGCAGAGUUGGCCUCGUCCUUUUCAUCAUUAUUCUGGUUCUCUUGAAAAUUUUGCUGGCUGUUGCCGUCAUCAAUCUCGUUCGGUACUACCGGGUGGAGAAACCCAAGCUGUAUCGGAAGCACAAUAGCGGCAUCAUGCUGAACUCUAUGCAUCACGAGCUGUCGCGGGACUCAGCUCCGGGACCGGCGAGCACCGAAGAAAAUAACAACCAUCUCAGCCCAAACGCGAACCCUGAACUGGAGCUGAGUACGGGAGACGCGCAAGUGGUGACACGAUCGACGGGUUCGUCGACGCCGAAAGCUCCGCGGACGCCGAACAUGCGACUGAACGAGAGCAGCAUCAGAGAGGGCAGAACGAAUCAUUCAUUUUAGCUCCGGAGCGGUUCAGGUCAUCAUAUCGAGAUUAUGGAUCUGAUGCUCGUGGACUCUGUAGGCGACGUACUUAAGUGAUCGGCUGACACCAUUGGCGAUUUUACCAGGAAGAGUCUGCGUAAACUUCGACUGUCAGCUGAUGAGAACAAGCUUGAUUACUCGAAUAGGAAUUUAUUGUAGCUUUUUAUCCCUUGAAAAAAAAUUGUUGAUUUCAUGUGAAUCGCUGUUGUUGAAACACUACCCUCCUGCACAAGAAGAACUUGGCAGGCUUGAUUUGCAGCCACGAACUCCGUGCAUGAGGCAUCCAAUAAACGAAAGUAGUCGAUCCGUGG